AUGGGAAGCUCAAUUGGAGCGAGGCAAUGGCCUCGACUCAUAUAUGCAAUAGCACUUUGCUUAAUUGCUUUUACUACUUUUGCUAUUGCUGAUGAUGAUAAGCCUUACUAUGGAGAACAAUAUCCAUACAACAACUAUCCUCAACCACCUUACACUUACAAACCACCUCUAUAUAAUAACUAUCAAUCUCCACCCCCAUAUGCUUACAAAUUCCCUCCAUAUAAUUAUCAAUCUCCUCCUCCAUAUGACAAUAAAUUUCCUCCAUAUUACUAUAAAUCUCCACCAUCUCCUUAUGUAGACAAAUUCCCUCCAAAUUAUUAUAAAUCUCCACCAUCGCCUUAUGUCGACAAAUUCCCUCCAUAUUACUAUAAAUCUCCUCCUCUAAAAUCUCCAUCACCACCACCUCCUUAUGUCGACAAAUUUCCACCAUAUUAUUACAAAUCUCCUCCUCCACCAUCUCCAUCACCACCACCUCCAUAUGUUUACAACUCACCACCUCCUCCUCCAUAUAUCUACAAAUCUCCACCUCCACCACCAUACGUCUAUAGUAGUCCACCACCACCUCCAUAUGUGUACAAGUCACCACCUCCUCCACCUUAUGUAUAUCCGUCACCUCCAUAUGUUUAUAAGUCCCCACCUCCUCCUUCACCUUCUCCUCCACCACCAUAUGUCUAUAAAUCACCUCCACCUCCAUCCCCUUCACCUCCUCCUCCAUAUGUCUAUAAGUCACCACCUCCACCAUCUCCAUCACCACCUCCACCAUAUGUUUAUGAGUCUCCACCUCCACCAUAUGUCUACCAAUCUCCACCACCACCUCCAUACAUUUAUAAGUCACCUCCGCCACCUUCACCUUCACCACCUCCUCCAUACUACUAUAAAUCUCCACCCCCACCAUCCUCUUCACCUCCUCCACCUUAUGUUUAUAAGUCACCACCACCACCAUCGCCUUCUCCACCUCCUCCAUAUGUCUACAAGUCACCACCCCCUCCAUCUCCUUCACCACCUCCUCCAUAUGUCUACAAGUCUCCACCUCCACCAUCUCCUUCACCACCACCACCAUAUAUUUACGAGUCUCCACCUCUACCAUAUGUCUACAAAUCACCACCCCCAUCUUAUCCUUCACCAACUCCAUUUUAUCCUUCACCAACUCCUUACAUUUAUAAGUCUCCACCUACACCAUACAAUCCAUAUUUAUAUAGUUCACCUCCUCCUCCCUUGUAUUAA